AUGCGUUUUUGGGAGAUUGAGGAACUGCCUUCAACCUCUAAAAUUCUUUCACCUGAAGAAAAAGCGUGCGAAGAACAUUUUUCUUCUAAUAAAACAAGGGAUGCCUCUGGUAGAUAUGUAGUAAGACUCCCAUUUAAUGAAAAGAUUCAUUUGCUUGGCAAUUCCUAUUCUACUGCACUAAAACGCUUUUCUCAUUUGGAAUCUCGACUUCACAAAGAUCCCAAGUUAUUAAAGGAUUAUUCAACCUUUCUAACUGAAUAUGAACAACUUAAACAUAUGUCAAUUUCCCAAGAAUCUGAUAUUAAUUCGGGUUUCUAUUUACCGCAUCAUGCUGUUAUCAAAGCUGAUAGCACUACCACGAAAACCCAAGUAGUUUUCGAUGGCUCUUGCAAAACUUCGACAGGAAUAUCUUUAAACGAUACCCUAAUGGUUGGACCUAAAUUACAAGACAAUCUUUUCGUCAUUCUAAUUCGAUAUCGAUCCCAUAUUUACGCCCUUACUGCUGACAUAGAAAAAAUGUAUCGACAAAUACUUGUUCAUCCUGACGAUGUCAAGUAUCAAAAAAUUCUAUUUCGAGAAAGCGGGGACGAAACCAUCAAAAUUUAUACUUUGAAUACCGUAACCUAUGGAACUUCUGCUGGUUCAUACCUUGCAAUUAAAUCCCUGCAACAAUUAGGAAAAGACAAACGCAAAUCUUAUCCUAAUGCUUCUGUAGUAUUGUAA